AUGUAUCGGCAAAUUUGGGUAGACAAGCGAGAUGUUGAUUAUCAGCGCAUUCUGUGGAAUACUGACCGCCGGACUGACUAUCAAUUACUGACGGUUACCUACGGAAUGGCUUGCGCUCCCUUUUUGGCGCUGCGCGUAAUUCGCCAACUCGUCGAGGACGAGGGAUCUCGCUUUCCUCUUGCUGUUUCGUUGCUGCGGAAUAAUAUUUACGUCGACGAUCUAUUAUUCGGAGACGGCAGCCGCGAUCGUCUCUUACAGGUACGUCGACAGCUCGAUGCGUUGUUCCAAUGUGGGGGUUUCCAACUUAGGAAGUGGGCAAGUAAUUCAUCGGAGCUUCUGGCUGACAUUGAUGCUCACGGGCAUGGCUUGGCAUGCAUUAAGUCCUUGCAGGUUGACGAGAAAUUGAAGAUUCUGGGCAUCGGAUGGGAUCCGACGCGAGAUAACUUCAAGGUGACGGUGUCUCUCGAAGGACGUGUUCCGAAAAGUAAAAGGGCUAUUCUGGCGGCGAUUGCUAAAAUUUAUGACCCGCUCGGUUGGGUCACUCCGAUCACUAUUACCGCAAAAGUAUUCAUGCAGCAACUUUGGCGGGAAGGUCUCGCAUGGGAUGAAGCUCUCCCGGUUAAAUUACAGGAACGCUGGCACAUCAUUUUUUCGCGCCUCUCAUGUCUCAAUGAUUUUCAAAUCUCGCGUUGGUUUGGGCUCGGCACGGACUCCCAACUAGUCGAACUUCACGGUUUCGCCGAUGCCUCGAACGUGGCCUACGCGGCAGUCGUUUAUGCGAGGGUCGUAAUAUGUUCUGGAGAAAUAAUUAUUUUAUUGCUAGCGGGCAAGUCAAGAGUUGCUCCGCUUCAUACUAUAAGUGUGACUCGGUUGGAGCUCUCGGCUGCGGUCUUGCUCGCGCGCUUAAUGGAGUUCGUUCGGCGAUCGCUUGGUUACGAGACUGUUCCGUGUUUUUGUUGGACGGAUUCUAUUAUCGUUCUGGCCUGGCUCCUGCAGCAGCCGUCUAAAUGGAAAACUUUUGUGGCCAACCGGACUGCCGAUGUGCAGACACGCCUGCCUGAUACAGAGUGGCGUCAUGUACCGACAGACGAAAAUCCUGUCGAUUGCGUUUCCCGCGGACUCCUCGGUGACGAGCUGUUAGUUCAUGAGCUCUGGUGGCGAGGUCCGCCGUGGCUGCAGUCGUCUGAGACUGACUGGCCAUUGCGGAACCCUUGA